AUGGCAGACCUUUCAAUGUACAACUUCUUCAACCAGCCUGAGCCUCCUUCAACUUCAGAACCCAUCAAGAAACACCCUCAAACAGCUUCACCAUCUGCUCCUCCCAGGCUUUUCCCAUGUCUUUACUGUCCAAGGAAGUUCUACACUUCUCAAGCUCUAGGUGGCCACCAAAAUGCUCACAGGCGUGAAUGAGCCGCUUCUCGAAGGAAGUUCCCUGGUGGUGGCCAUGAUCAGAUUCGGGGUGCCCAACAAUACAAUCUGCAGCAACAGCUUAACCCUUUCCCCAGCUUUAAAAUUGAGCCACCUAUGGACUACCCUGGUGCACCAUAUCUUGACCACUGCCUCCAGCCCCACUACUUUUCUUCUACCGGCUUCAUUCCUCAAGGUUUCACGAGUGUUUCUUCUUCUGAGACUUUAUCUCUCACAACUGAUGAUGUUGAUGAACCUGCAAAUGUUAAUCUUACUCUCUGUUUAUAA